AUGGCGCGCAAGGAAAUGAAUCCGCGCACAAGUUCCGCCCCUUGGGGGUCGGGGAAAGGCCGCAAUCCCGGAAGUGCGCCGAGUUGGGUGUUGGGUCUAUUCGGAGCGGAGGACUGUAGUUCCUUGUACGCGGCUCGGCACGUGGCCUGGCGCCUGGCCCCGGCCGCCCUGGAGCCGCCGGGCUCGGUCGCCGAGGCGGUGUCGUCCCUGACCAUUUUCGACGCGUUCGUGAGAGCAGGCAGGAGCCCCGCCCCGCUGCUCCCGGUGCAUCCUAGGAGGUUCAUCUGCUCCUUCCCGAACUGCAGCGCCAAUUACAACAAGGCCUGGAAGUUAGAUGCUCACCUGUGCAAGCACACGGGGGAGAGACCGUUCGUUUGUGACCACGAAGGGUGUGGCAAAGCCUUUGUCAGAGACUACCACCUGAGCCGACAUGCCCUGCUUCACACUGGAGAAAAGCCCUUUGUUUGUACAGCGCAUGGCUGUGACCAGAAAUUCAACACAAAAUCAAACUUGAAGAAACAUUUUGAACGCAAACAUGAAAAUCAGCAAAAACAAUAUGUAUGCACCUUUGAAGGCUGUACGAAGACUUUUAAGAAACAUCAGCAGCUGAAAAUCCAUCAGUGCCAGCAUACUGAUGAACCGCUGUUUAAGUGCACCCACGAAGGCUGUGGAAAACACUUUGCUUCACCCAGCAGGCUGAAACGACAUGGGAAGGUCCAUGAGGGUUAUAAAUGUCAAAAAGGAUGCUGCUUUGUGGCAAAAACAUGGACAGAGCUUCUGAAACAUGUGAGAACCACCCAUAAAGAGGAAGUGGUGUGUGAAGUAUGCCAGAAAACUUUUAAACGCAAAGAUUAUCUGAAGCAACAUAUGAAAACACAUACCGAAGAAAGGAGUGUGUGUCGAUGUCCCAGGGAAGGCUGUGGUAGAACCUACACAACUGUGUUCAACCUGCAGAGCCACAUUCUCUCUUUUCACGAGGAAAGGCGUCCGUUUGUGUGUGAACAUGCUGGCUGUGGCAAAACGUUUGCGAUGAAACAAAGUCUCACUAGGCAUGCUGUUGUUCAUGACCCUGACAAGAGGAAAAUGAAGCUCAAAGUAAAACAAACUCGUGAAAAACGGAGUUUGGCUUCCCGUCUCAGUGGCUACAUCCCUCCUAAAGGGAAAAGGGAACACAGCCUAUCUUCGCCUCAGCCUAGACAGCUGCUGAGCCGCGCUGAAGACAAGGUGCUCUCGACGGUCGCAGUGCUCACCCUCAGCUGAACACCCAGUGGUUUCCACAGACCGGCCAGCUCACUUACAGGCAGGUCUCAGAGACAGUGCAGGUGGCCUCCAAACCACCGCAGCAGAGCACAUAGUGGGAAAAAGUGAGUUGAAAUGUUUUUGCUGGUGAAGGGUCUUGCCUUCAACUUGUAAAAAAGGGAACACCUGUAAAACAGUAAAGUACAAUAAAACAAGGUAUGCCUACACAGUG